CGCGUGGCCACGGCGCACCUGUGCCGGCGCCCCACGCGACAGAGCACCCCGCGCGUGCUCGCCUACGCGUCGUGCCUGGCGGUGAGCGCGUGCUUCCUGCUGCUGACGCUGGCCGUGUACGCGGCGCUGCCCAAGCUGCGCGCGCAGCCGCACGCCAAGGCGCUCAUGUGCCACUGCGCCGCGCUCGUGCUGGGCUGCGUCGUGCUCGCCGCCGCGCAGGCCGGCUGGUACCCCACAGGCCCCGAAUGCGAGUUCAUCGCUCUGGCAAUACAGUUCUGCUACCUAGCUGCUUUCUUCUGGUUGAGUAUUCUCUCUUACGACAUUUCACAGGCAUUCAGAGAAUACAGCAAGCCCUCCCAGAGCACCUCCGAGCGAACAUUCCGCAAGUACGUCUUCAUUGCGUGGGGAAUCCCGUUUCUGGUCACGUGCACAACUUUUAUCAUCGUCAGAUUCCAGAGGGCAGAUCAACUUCCUAAUUGGAUUGUGCCUCCUAACAUAGGAAAGCACGAUUGUUGGUUUGGAGAUAGCGCUGCCAAAUGGAUGUACUUCAACGGUCUGCUCGUCGUGCUGAUGGUGAUCAACACGGUGUUAUACAUAAUGACAACUGCCCGACUCUGUGGCUUCAUGCGUAACAAAAAGGAGCUGAUGCGAGGGGAGAGCUGCAUGCACGGAACCAGCUCUCGCCUCGGCGCUGACAAGCUCAGGUUCUGGCUGCACUCGCGCCUGUUCCUGGUGAUGGGUGUGCUGUGGGGCUUCGAUGCCAUCUCGCCUGCCUUCGAGGGCACUCUGCUGGAGGAUGACGCCGACCACUUCUAUUGGUUCGCUGUGGACGUCGUGAACCUGCUGCGCGGCUUCGCCCUCUUCUGCAUCUACUGCUGCAAGCGCAAAGUGGUGCACAAGCUGCGCGAGCGCGCCGCGUCGUGCGGGCUGGAGUGGGCGGCGCCGCCGUCCCACGGCGAGGGCGACGCGCACGGCGCCCGCUGGCCGCAGCGCUGGUCGGCGUGGCUGUCGUCAGCCGGCGCUGCGGGGUCGCGCCGCCGCCCGUCCACCCUCAGCCUCUUCUGGCCGCGCACCGCCUCCUCCUCCUCCUCCGCCGCCGCCCCCGCCCCCGCCGGCAGAGCGCGCCUCUCCACGCAGAGCACCUGCGUCUCCCCCCUCUCCAGGAGCCCCACCGCCCACGCCCACGCCGCCAGCCCGGCCAUCACGCCCAUCCGCGAGGACCCGUUCGCGGAGAUUCUCCAGGUGGAGAUGGAGGGAGGCGACGACCACGACGGCGACGAACCCCGGCGGUGGAGCUACGGGUCCAGGUGGCGUCUGGCUUCGAAUGGGGCGCAGAAAAAAUAA